GUGUAUGCCUGAAGUGUCUGGGUUUCGUUGACAUGGCUAUUUGAUACUGACUGGGCCACACAUUGCAGCAAGAGCUUCGGACAUAAUGAACUCCAACUACCAAAGAUGUUUGUUUACAUGUCUGUCAAUGACAACUCUCGCUGCUGUAGCUUUCUAUUGGACAGUUAAUCUAGAUGUGGAUAUGUUCCAACCCACAACUUUAAAAUCAACAAAAGUUAAUACGUCCAUAAGAGAAACGUCCAUUCUCGAGGUCUCUCAAAAGCAUCCCCUCGUAUUUCAUAGACGAAAUGUGGUCAUCACUUCAGCAGAUUCUCCUCAUGCAACUAAACGCAUUGUGUGGAUGAACGUCCCACCCUGGUACAAGACAGUCACAUCUUUCGCCCACUGUUACAUUCGUUCGUGUGAAAUAAGUACAGACGAGGCACAUAUUUCAAGAGCUGAUGCUGUGGUUGUCAAUGGUGUUGAUUUGCCUGCAUCAAAACACCCAAACACGGACAUGAACCAGGUGUGGAUUAUGUAUGGAUGGGAAGCACCUCCUUACUAUUAUAGUAACACAAUUUUCAGUCCUGACUGGAAUGGUCGCUUUAACUGGACAUUGACGUACCGAUUGAAUUCGGAUAUACCAUAUCCUUACAAUAGGAUAGUGUACACUGGAGGCAGUGUGAAUAUAAGUGAUGUUGUAAGACGGAAAAGCCGAUCUAUUGCUUGGUUUGUAAGCAAUUGUCGUACACCCUCAAAAAGGGAAGUGUAUGUUCGAGAACUGUCGAAACAUAUUGAUGUCGACAUUUAUGGCGCCUGCAGAAAUAAUGAGAAUUUUGACUGUCCCAAAGAAAGGUCCUUCGAUUGUCUUGGUCUGUUAAACACCACGUAUAGAUUUUAUCUUUCGUUCGAAAAUUCUCUAUGUAAAGACUACAUCACAGAGAAGUUCUACAACACGUUCAUGACUUCAGCUAUUCCCAUCGUUCGUGGAGGAGCUGACUAUGCACGUCUUCUGCCAGAAGGAACCUUCAUCAACACGGCAUCAUUUGACAGUCCAAAGAGUUUGGCGAACUAUAUCCGAUAUUUGGAGGGGAAUGAGACAGCUAUGGGGGCGAUUUUAGAAAGGAAGCACAAGUAUGAAUCCAUUAAUUCAGAAGGAACAGAUUUUGAUUGGAGGUGUCAGCUGUGUGCCAAGUUACAUGGAAAUACUACGAGAAAAUCAUACACAGAUAUGAAACAUUGGCUUAAAGAUGGACAAUGCCUGGAACAGCCAAAAGAUCUGCCGUAGUGCUUGGGAAUGUUUGAACAGGAAGAUAACCACUCGAUCCACAUCAUAAUCCAAUUGAACAGAAUACUACUUCAAACGCUUCAAAAGUUGACACGUAAUUAUUAAAUACCAUACAACGAACUGCCUUCAGAAUCCAAGGGUCCGCUCCACAAAGCUCUCGUAGUGCUAAGGUUAUCCUAACUCCCAUACUUUUGACGUAAUUUGUGGAAUUUUGUUGCGAGAUCCACCGGCGAAACAAUGUCAUGUGACGUCAGCCUAGCAACUAGGUUGCUUGGGUCAUCACCUGUGCAUAAACUCCUGUUAGUGAUCUAUCAUCUCUACAUACAAUGUCGUUGAAUAAGCCUAGAGAUGUUGAGGGUUUUCAAUAUUUGUCUGUGAAACUUUCUUUCCCGCAGUAAAUAAGGACGCGCUUUGGUAUUACACAACCUGUCAUACAGCUGUAUGUUUCUUAAACGAGUAAUCUCUUCACAGGCAUGUAGUAAAUAAAGAAAAGAGUCGGCUUAAGGUUUUUCCACGUGUACUCUGUAUAUAUGAAAAUGUAGAAUUGACGAGGCUUAGCGUUUUUCCAUGUGUAUUAACUCCGGAUAUAUGAAAUAUAGAAAUGACGAGGCUUUACGUGUUUUCUAUGUGUAUUAACUCGGGAUAUAUGAAAAUGUAGAAUUGACGAGGCUUAGCGUUUUUCUAUGUGUAUUAACUCGGGAUAUAUGAAAAUAUAGAAUUGACGAGGCUUAGCGUUUUUCCAGGUGUAUUAACUCGGGAUAUAUGAAAUAUAGAAAUGACGAGGCUUUACGUGUUUUCUUUGUGUAUUAACUCGGGAUAUAUGAAAUAUAGAAAUGACGAGGCUUUACGUGUUUUUUAUGUGUAUUAACUCGGGAUAUAUGAAAUAUAGAAAUGACGAGGCUUAGCGUUUUUCCAUGUGUAUAACUCGGGAUAUAUGAAAUAUAGAAAUGACGAGGCUUUACGUGUUUUUUAUGUGUAUUAACUCGGGAUAUAUGAAAUAUAGAAAUGAUGAGGCUUAGCGUUUUUCCAUGUGUAUUACCUCAGGAUAUAUGAAAUAUAGAAAUGACGACGCUUAGCGUUUUUCCAUGUGUAUUAACUCGGGAUAUACGAAAUAUAGAAAUGACGAGGCUUUACGUGUUUUCUAUGUGUAUUAACUCGGGAUAUAUGAAAUAUAGAAAUGAUGAGGUUUAGCGUUUUUCCAGGUGUAUUACCUCAGGAUAUCUGAAAUAUAGAAAUGACGAGGCUUAGCGUUUUUCCAUGUGUAUUAACUCGGGAUAUAUGAAAAUAUAGAAAUGACGAGGCUUUACGUGUUUUCUAUGUGUACUAACUCGGGAUAUAUGAAAAUAUAGAAAUGAUGUUUUUCCAGAUUUUCAUCAUUAUUUAUAAUAUUUCCCCUUUCCAUACCCAAAUUAUGUAACACAACACUGCAACAACAUAGGUCACAGUCUGUCUUUGGGUCGCCCUGAGCUCAUUGUUCAGGCACUGAAACCGCUGUUACAGGACACCGAAGGUCUGCUCAAUGAGCACCCUUGUCCUGCACAAUGACCCAUUGUAACGUUCCUCGGCACGGUUGGUGGGGUUCAGUAGAGGCAUCAGGAGGAAACAACGACAUGCAUAACCUGAUUCCCUCAGCAGAAAACCUGUGUACUGUACAUAAUAAAAUCAAGUCCAUCAUUUUUCAAAGA